CGAGCCAUCAGCUGGAGCUUCCAUCCAUGGCCCUGCUCCGCGCCGCUGCCGCCGCCCUCCGCCGCCGCGCCCGCGUCGCCGCUCUCCCGGCCAUCUCCCCGUUCCCCCACACCAGCACCUCCUCUCCCUCCCCCUCCCCCGCUCCCGCCCCCAACCCCGCCGCCCGGCGCCACCUCAUCACCCUAACCCGCCGCGGCCCAUGCCUUCACCCGCCGUCCGCCUCCGCGGCGGCCUCCUCGUUCUACAUCGACCGGAUCCUGCUGCCCAGCAGCUUCUCGCUCGCGCUCUCGACCUCCUCCCGGGACAAGGACUCGGACAAGGACAAGGAGGAGAGCCUCCCGCCGCCGCCGUCGCCGGCGUCGUGGGUGGAGAGGUGGCUCCCGGAGGCGGCGCGGCCGUACGCGAUGCUCGCCCGGCUCGACAAGCCCAUCGGCACCUGGCUCCUCGCCUGGCCCUGCAUGUGGUCGAUCACGAUAGCGGCGAUGCCGGGGGAGCUCCCGGACUUGAAAAUGCUGGCGCUCUUCGGGUGCGGAGCUGUCCUCCUCAGGGGGGCUGGUUGCACUGUGAAUGAUCUUCUCGACCGCGACAUUGAUAACAAGGUUGAGCGCACCAAAAGCAGGCCUUUCGCAUCAGGCGCUCUAACCCCAUCUCAAGGAGUGGCCUUCCUCGGAGGCCAGCUACUGCUGGGAUUGGGCAUUCUUCUCCAACUUAACAACUUCAGCCGUGUUCUUGGAGCAUCUUCUCUUCUUCUGGUGUUUUCUUAUCCCCUGAUGAAGAGGUUCACAUUUUGGCCUCAGGCAUAUCUCGGCUUGACCUUCAACUGGGGAGCUUUGCUAGGAUGGGCUGCUAUCAGAGGGAGCUUAGACCCUGCAGUCAUCCUUCCACUGUAUACUGCUGGUAUAUGUUGGACAUUGGUGUAUGAUACCAUAUAUGCACAUCAGGACAAAGAAGAUGACCUCAAAGUAGGUGUCAAGUCCACAGCAUUAAGGUUUGGGGAUUCGACCAAGCAAUGGAUCAGUGCCUUUGGCGCUGCAUCCAUUGGCAGCUUAGUGCUCAGUGGCUACAACGCCGAACUUGCGUGGCCCUACUACCCUCUUCUGACAGCUGCAGCCGCACAUUUGGCAUGGCAGAUUUCAACCGUUGACUUAUCUGACCGUGCAGAUUGCAACAGGAAGUUUGUAUCAAAUAAGUGGUUUGGAGCUUUGGUGUCCAGUGGAAUUUUGCUCGGGCGACUUGCAUCAUGCUAGAUACGUCAGGCACGAUGUGCCUGUUGUUCUUUUCUAUAGGAUUUUGAUAGCUCUGACAGCACCAGUACAUUUUUGUGACUAGUACCGGAAGGAUAGACCUAUUUGUUUAACCUUGUCAUCUGCUAAAUGCAGUAUGCUGCAGAAUAAACAUCUGUUUAUUUCCUGGGGAUUUCUUUGCGGCAUUCCCCCAUUCUGUCCCCGAUGAUAAAUCAAGGAAACAGAGGGUAUAGCAUUGUUGUAUAACACAUUGUUGUGCAUUUUACUAUGUGAUUAUUCUGAUGUACGCUCGACAAAAUGCGAUCCAAAAACACGACUCAGCCUAACGCUGUAUAUCUGGGAAGGCGGUGGAUCUUCCCAUUCAGUUUUCACACCUCCAGUUAGCUCAGUCUCAGAGCAGCUGGGCAAAACAAAUAUACUGAAAGAUCUGUGGUGCAUUGUGUUAUCACCAUGGGGUUCCUGUCAGGAUUCUCUUGUGCACCUGCCA